GCCCCUGCACCGCCGGGUCGCCCCGCCCCGCCCCGCGGGCCCCAAUGCCCAGCCACUGCCCGACGCCCAUCAGCCUUUCCGCCUCACUCAGCCGCGCGGCGGAGCCGGACGGCCACAGGUCAUGGAUCGGACAGCAGGCAAGGAGCUCGUCCUGGCGCCGCUGCAAGACUGGGGCGAGGAGACCGAGGACGGAGCGGUGUACAGCGUCUCCCUGCGUCGGCAGCUCAGUCAGCGCUUGAGCCCGAGGGCAGGGCCCGGGGGCAGCCAGGCCUCCAACCCCACUGCGGAUGCCUUCCUCCAUUACCGUACGAGCAAGGUGCGGGCGCUGAGGGCGGCGAGGCUGGAGCGGCUGGUGCAGGAAUUGGUGUCUGGGGACCGCGAGCAGGACCCGGGCUUCGUGCCUGCCUUCUUGGCCACCCACAGAGCCUUUGUGUCCACCGCCCGCGUGCUGGGCCUUCUCCUGCCACCACCGCCACCGCCCCUGCCUCCAGGGAUAGAGAUCAAGAAGACAGAGGGAGGAGGUCUGCGUGUCAACAAGAAUUUAAGGGCUGUUGUGUCGGUGCUGGGCUCCUGGCUGCGGGAUCACCCUCAGGAUUUCCGGGAUCCCCCUGCCCACUCGGACCUAGGCAGUGUCUGCACCUUUCUGGGCUGGGCGGCCCCAGCAGGGCCCGAGGCCCAGGAGGCAGAGAAGCUGCUGGGAGAUUUCCUGGAGGAGGCUGAGCAAAAGCAGGAAGAGGAGGAGAAGCCUGAGGCAUGGACAGGACCUCCUGGAGCUGUCCACACCCCCAGCCCAGACUCCCCCGAUGACUGCUCUGAAGAGGAGGCAGGACCGGUGCGGGAAGGCCCUGAGCUCCUAGACUUUAGUGUAGAUGAAUUGGCCGAACAGCUCACGCUGUUGGACGUGGAGCUGUUUUCACGCGUGCGUUCCUGUGAGUGCCUGGGCUCCGUGUGGUCACAGCGGGACCGUCCAGGGGCCGCGAGCACCGCCCCCACUGUGCGCGCCACUGUGACCCAGUUCAACAUGGUGAUCGGUUGCGUGCUGGGCUCCGUGCUGGGAGAGCAGGGCCUGGCCGCCCCACAGAGGGCGCAGCGGCUGGAGAAGUGGAUCCGUGUGGCCCAGCGCUGCCGGGAACUGCGGAACUUCUCCUCGCUGCGCGCUAUACUGUCCGCCCUGCAGUCUAACCCCAUAUACCGGCUCAAGCGCAGCUGGGGCGCAGUCAGCAGGGAAAGGUUAUCCACUUUCAGAAAACUUUCGCAGAUUUUCUCCGAUGAGAACAACCACCUCAGUAGUAGAGAGAUUCUUUCCCAGGAGGAGGCCACCGAGGGCCCCCAAGAGGAGGAUACCCUCCCAGGAAACCUGCCCCCAAAACUGCCCCCGGGCCCUGUCCCGUACCUUGGCACCUUUCUCACGGACCUGGUUAUGCUGGACACAGCCCUGCCGGACAUGCUGGAGGGAGAUCUCAUCAACUUUGAGAAGAGGAGGAAAGAAUGGGAGAUCCUGGCCCACAUCCAGCAGUUGCAGAAACGGUGUGGGAGCUACUGCCUGAGUCCCCGCACCCCAGUCCUGGCUGCCCUGCGUGCCCAGUGCCAGCUCAGCGAGGAGCAGAGCUAUCGGGUCUCCCGUGUCAUUGAGCCACCUGCUGCCUCCUGUCCCAGCUCCCCACACGUCCGGCGGCGAAUCAGCCCCACCAAGCGCCUCAGCGCAAAGCUGUCCCGAGAGAGGCGCUCAUCCCCUGCUGGGAGUCCUGGGGACCCGUCAUCCCCCACCUCUAGUCUGUCCCCAGGGUCCCCCCCAUCUAGUCCUAGAACGAGAGACCCUCCUGGCAGUCCUCCAGCCUCUCCAGAGCCCCAGGGCCCCAACACCAAGCUGCCCUUGAGCCUGGACCUGCCGGCCCUGCGGCUCUUGGCUUUGCCCCUGAGCAGCUCUCACAUCUCUGUACCGGGACAGCCAGGAUCGGAGGCUCGAGUCAUCCGCGUCAGCAUUGACAAUGACCAUGGGAACCUCUAUCGGAGCAUCUUGCUCACUAGUCAGGACAAGGCCCCCAGCGUGGUGCAGCGAGCCCUGGAAAAGCACAAUGUGGCUCAGCCCUGGGCCCGGGACUACCAGCUCUUCCAAGUCCUUCCUGGGGACAGGGAGCUCCUGAUUCCUGACAAUGCCAAUGUCUUCUAUGCAAUGAGUCCAGCCGCCCCUGGAGACUUUGUGCUGCGGCGAAAGGAGGGGGCCCGGCCCACAACCACAAUCUCCUCAGCCUGAGGGGGCCCCCUUCUCCCUCUAGGUCACAGGCCCCAGGGGCAGGUUGGGGAUUAUCUUCCCUCACCAUGGAAGUGGGGAGAGGGUUCCUCUCCUAGAGAAGUCCCAUUCUCCAGUAAAGCCCAUUGUGUUCUGUACUCCAUGACCCCCCACCUCCAAUUUUAGCUCUUUGGACACCCUCUCUCUGACCCUCUUGGCACCAGAUCCUUAUUCCAGAGCCAUCAGCUCACAGGUGGGCCGUGAGAAGCUUCAUCCCAUAAACAUAGAAGGCUGGUAGGGUGCUGGGGGUGGGGGGCAGACCCUUCUCUAGAGAAAUCUUGUAACUGGCAGAGACACAUCAGAACUGACAGAAGUGGAUGAAAAUAGUAACCAAAGUUAUGAAACAGGUCUGUCUUGUCUGCUCUGAGCCUAAGCCUUGUGUUCUCUAUCAUGACAGAAAUUAAAAAAACAAAAACAAAAACAAAAAAAUCUAAGAGCCUUGU